CGGGGCUGAGGCUCUCGGGCGGGAACAUACUUCGCAGAGACUUUUCCCCGACAAACUUCCAGAGUCUCUGGAAGACGGCCUGAAGGCCCCGGAGUGCGCCAGCGGCAUGUACAAAGACACCGUCUACUCCGCCUUCAAUCUGCUCAUGCACUACCCACCCGCCUCGGGAGCAGGGCAGCACCCCCAGCCGCAGCCCCCGCUGCACAACAAGGCCAGUCAGCCAGCCCACAGCGUCCCACAGCUCUCUCCUCUCUAUGAACAUUUCAGCAGUCCACACCCUACACCUGCACCAGCCGACAUCAGCCAGAAGCAAGUUCACAGGCCUCUACAGACCCCUGACCUUUCUGGCUUCUACUCUCUGACCUCAGGCAGCAUGGGACAGCUUCCCCACACUGUGAGCUGGCCCAGCCCUCCUCUCUACCCCCUGUCCCCUUCCUGCGGAUAUAGACAGCACUUCCCUGCCCCCACUGCAGCCCCUGGCGCCCCCUACCCCAGGUUCACCCACCCAUCCCUGAUGCUAGGCUCCGGUGUACCUGGUCACCCUGCAGCCAUCCCCCACCCGGCGAUUGUACCUCCGUCAGGGAAGCAGGAGCUGCAGCCGUAUGACCGGAGCCUGAAGACACAGGCAGAAUCCAAGGCAGAGAAGGAGGCCAAGAAGCCAACCAUCAAGAAGCCCCUCAACGCCUUCAUGCUGUACAUGAAGGAGAUGAGAGCCAAGGUCAUUGCAGAGUGUACGCUCAAGGAGAGUGCUGCCAUCAACCAGAUCCUGGGCCGCAGGUGGCAUGCGCUGUCUCGGGAAGAGCAGGCCAAGUACUAUGAGCUGGCCCGAAAAGAGAGGCAGCUGCACAUGCAGCUGUACCCAGGCUGGUCGGCGCGGGACAACUAUGGGAAGAAAAAGAGGCGGUCAAGAGAAAAGCACCAGGAGUCCAACACAGGAGGAAAAAGAAAUGCAUUCGGUACUUACCCGGAGAAGGCCGCUGCCCCAGCCCAGUUCCUUCCGAUGACAGUGCUCUAGGCUGCCCCGGGUCCCCAGCCCCCCAGGACUCGCCCUCAUACCUCCUGCUACCCCACUUCCCCACAGAACUGCUUGCUAGCCCUGCGGAGCCGGCGCCUACAUCACCAGGUCUCUCGGCCUCUCUCAGCCUCCCAGCCCCCUGGACCCCCACAGGCCCCCCACAGUGUCCUGCAGAGUACACAGCUUCAACGACAGGCAUCUCAGAGACAGGCAGCCUAGCAUGUACAGGACACCUGGCCG